AGAGGAGGGACAGAGGAGGAGCAGGAGGCGGAGCAGCACCAACCCACGCGGUUGCCCCGCUCGGGUCGGGCUCCUCCGGCAUCGCCCCCCGGAACCGCAGGAUUCCCACACCUUGGCCAGAUGGAGCAGGAGACUGCAAGGAAGGGGAAGAUGGCCCAGGAUCCCCAGGCAGGCAAGGAGCUGAGGAUGGAGACCAGGGAGGACAAAUCCCCACAGCAGAACCUCAUGGAAGAGGCCGCUUUGAGCAACUCUGCAGCACAGGUAUCCAAUGGGGAGGACAAGCCCCGGAGAUCCCACAGGACGAGGGGCUCCAAACCCAGCCCAGGGUGCUCUGAGGAGGAAAGACCCACCCUGAGCCAGGGAGGUGGACAGAGCAUCAGCCAGAGCUCAGAGCUGGUGGUCCAUGCGCAGCUUCAUGAUGGGGAGAAGCCCUACAAGUGCUUGGAGUGUGGGAAGAGCUUCAGGCGGAGCAGCACCCUGAUCAGCCACCAGAUGAUCCACAGUGGGGAAUGGGCCUGCGAGUGUGGGGAGUGUGGGAAGGGCUUCAGCUGCAGCUCCGCCCUCGUCAACCAUCAACGCAUCCACACUGGGGAGAGGCCCUACGAGUGUCUCGAGUGUGGGAAGAGGUUUCAGAGCAGCUCCAGUCUCCUCCAGCACCAGCAGAUUCACACGGAUGAGAGGCCCUUCCGCUGCCCUGACUGCGGGGUGGGCUUCAAGCGCAACUCAACCCUCAUGACCCACCAGCGCAUCCACACUGGGGAGAGGCCCUACGAGUGUCCCCAGUGUCAGAAGAGGUUUCACACCAGCUCCGAUCUCAUCCAGCACCAGCGGAUUCACACGAAUGAGAGGCCCUUCCGCUGUCCUGACUGUGGGAAGGGCUUCAAGCGCAACUCCCACCUCAUCAGGCACCAGCGCAUCCACACUGGGGAGAGGCCUUACGAGUGUGGGGAAUGUGGGAUGAGCUUUAGCCAGAGCUCCAACCUGAUCUUCCACCAGAAGAUCCACACCAGGGAACGGCCCUAUGAGUGUGGGGAAUGUGGGAAGAGCUUCAGGCAGAAGUCUCUCUUGAUCUGCCACCAGAGGAUCCACACUGGGGAAAGGCCAUACAAGUGUGGGGAAUGUGGGAAGGGCUUCAGACAGAGGUCCCACCUGAUCAUCCACCAAAUGAUCCACACUGGGGAGAGGCCCUACAAGUGCCCUGAGUGUCAGAAGAAGUUUCACACUAGCUCUCAUCUCCUUGAGCACAAGCGGAUUCACACCGAGGAGAGGCCCUUCCGCUGCCCUGACUGCAGGAAGGGCUUCAAGCACAACUCCACCCUCGUCACCCACCGGCGCAUCCACACUGGGGAGAGGCCCUACGAGUGUCCCCAGUGUGGGAAGAGCUUCACCCGGAGCUCUCACUUGACCAGACACCAACGGAGCCACCGGUAAGGGAAGCCCUGCAAAUGCCCCGACUGCAGGAGGAGCUUUGGGCACUGCUCCAGCUUCAUCCCUCAUUGGAGAACCCACAUUGGUCAGAGCCCUGGUGAUCCAUUUUCCCUGUGAUCUAUGCUGGGAAGACACCUGUCCCUUUUCCUACCCCUGCCAGUGACAUGAUGUGGGACUGAAGAACAUGAGGGUCUGGCCAUGGCCGUGUCAUUACAUUCACUCCCACCUCAGGUCAUUGUCAGGGACAGGAAAACGACUCUCUCUCUCUCUCCCCUGAGGAGAAGGGUGCAUUUCCAGGAAGGGGAAAUUGUGGCUAGGAACAGUGAGUUGUGUUGUAGUUUUCCCCGUAAACAGUUUUAUUUAUCCUUUCUGUUAUCAAUAUUGUUUCUGUUCCGUUUGUUCCUUAUCUCGUUGCUGUUCCCAAUAAAUUGUUCUU